GUUCCCUUUCUGUCGCUGUGGAAACGACACGAGCGCAGAAAGUUUGUCGACGACAGUGCGGCUGAAAAGAUGAGUUUGAAUCUGGAGGCUUACUUCGGGUCAGUUUUCGAAGAACGACUCAAAUUAAAUAAAUUCGCGCAGAAGGAUUUGGCGGAUUCGAGUACAAGCGUAAUGAAACUCUUGGAGGCGCGCGACGAGUGCGCGAGUCUGACCAGGACUCUGGAGUCUCAGAAAGAGGAGAUGCAGAUUAAGCGGGAGAAUUUAAGAGAGAGAGACGAAAACAAUACGAAAGAAGAGGAGAAACUGAAGAAAUCCAUACUGAAAUAUAACAAGUUUUUGCAAGAAAAUGAUGCCAGACGGUUGCGUGCCUUAAAGAAAGCAGAAGCGGAGCGAGCUCAAAUCAGACUGAAAGAAUUGGAGAUUCAGAAGCUACAGACAGAGAACGACAAGCUGCUGGCACGAAAAGAGAAUCUGAAGGAUCGUGUCAGAAAAGCCAUAUGCUACCAAGAGUUCCUGGAGAGGGCCACAAAAAUGUCCGGAAAGUUUGAGACCAUUGGUCAAGUCAUUGACCGUCUUCACACACUCCAGUCCAUCAACAAGGAACUCCUAGAAAGCCAAACUAGGUUAGAGAAGGAGAGAGAAAGCACAAAGCUGAAACUAAUACAGUAUAUAAAUAAACAGCGAACUGUUCUCCUGCACUGUAACAACCAACUGCACCAGCAACAGACGCAGCUAGACAGCAUACGCCUAGAAGCAUACAAAUGGGAGUUAAAACUAAAGCACUUCCAUUCCACUGCAGCAAAAGAGACACUCCAGUUUGCUCAACUAAAGGCCACAAUCCGUAACAUUUGUCAGAUGAUCACACAUUACAGGAAAGUCUCUGUGGACACUGAGGACACAUUCAAGCAGCUGGAAAUGAUUCAGAAAUAUUUUCAGCUUAUGAGAGCUAUAGAUGAUGAACUGAAGUUCAACAUUAUAACAAGGUCAAAUCGAACUGAAGGGAAUGACAGCGGUGGAGAUUAAGACCCAAGCUCUGUGUAUCCACAGUACAUCCGCUGAAUAUGGACAGAUGCACCUAAGCUAAAUAAAAAUCAUCACCUGGCCACCCAUCAGGAUUGUGCACUGGGUUGAGAGGGACAGCAGGAAUAUUGCCCAGGAACACGGAGAUUAAAAGGAUGUUUAACCUAAACAAAAAGGGAAUGUGUACACUUGAAUGCUUUAUGAGUCUCACAGUCACAGUGAGCUUUUUAAUUUUUAAUAACACAAUUUCUAAUCUAAUAACACAAAUGCUAAUGGUGAUAGUCUUGUGCUGUGCUUUCAUGUCGUGCUUUCUUUCAUUUCUUUCCUUUCUUGGGCUUUGCGUUGGCCUUCAUGGCCUUGCGUACACAAAAGCCUCUCCAGUGGGCCUAAAUGAUAGUGGCAGCUUGGCUCUGCAUCUCUCUUUCUCUUUCCUGUUGUUCCCUCUGCUCCUGAGACUUCUGUCGCUCCUCCAUAAUCUGGGAGUACU